GUCCUCGGCACUAUGUACGGAAAUGCUUGCAGACCGACCGCACCAUGGCUGCCAAUUCUGGAAAAGAUAGACAGGAGCCUCAAACGUUGGGGACGAUUGAACCCAACGAUUGUGGGCUGCCACCUGAUAAUCCAACUCACAGUAGCGAGCACGAUGCAGUAUCAGACCAAGGUCCAGGGCAUGCCGAAAGACAUCAAGAAACGCUUAACACAGAGUAUAAGUGAGUUCAUGCAAGCUGACAAGACAGUG